AAUAAAGUCCAGUCCGAUACCCUACCCCUGGGGAGGGAACAGAGACCCCUGCCGCCCCGACACUCUUCCCCAAGAAGAGAACAGAGACUCCUACCCUUCUCAGGGGGAAUGGAUAGAGAUCUCACCCUCUCCACCUGGAUAGGGGGACGACGAUCCCCCGCCAACGUGGGGACAGAGACGUCUGUCACCCGCCCCCUCACUUUCCCCGGGGAGGAUGGCGAGCGGCUGAGAAAGACCCCUUCUUGGGUUGAGGAAGGGUUGGGGCUUGCCCCCUUUUGAGGGCGGUGGGGUGGGAGGAAGAGCGGACAUCUGCGCGGGUUUCGGUGGCGCUCUGAGUCUGUAAUCGAUGUACGUGCGGGGUUCGAGGAGUAACUCCGAGAGAGAUAGGGGGGGCGUGCAGUGAGGGAAGUUUUUGGACAAGGGUAUGUGGGCAAAGUGGAGGAGGAGAGCAGGGCAUGGGAGGAGGAAAGGUAGGCUGAGAGAGAUGAGUGGAAAGGUGGUCAAAAUUACUCAAAUAAGUAUCUUCGAAAAUCUCCUUAGGGCCACUGCACUAAAUAUGUUUAUUUCAAUGUAUUAGAUAUAGCAAUCCGACUUCUGGUAAAUACUUUAUUCACCGGAUAAAAUAUAAAAUCUCACACAUGCAUGAGCGAGUGGCAGGAAUCCGAUGCUAACAUUUAUGGUGUCAUAAUGCCAGUGACAUCACAGACUAGCUUGAACUGAUUUUUGUAUAAAAAUAUUCUUCACUUGGAUCUUUUUUCAGUUGAAAUUCUAUAAACAAUUUUCUUUUAUCAAUUUGAAUAAGAUGCCUGGACUUGUGCAGAAUGAGAGCAAUGGAAGGGGGAGCCCGAUCAAAAGGAAACGACUUUCCCUUAAGUUUUUUCAGAAAAAAGAAGCCAAACGAGCACUAGACUUUACUGAGAAGCAAGAAAGUGAACAAAGCCCUUUGGAGCCAAAAAAACUGGAUAAAUGUGAGAAGAUGGUGUCUGGAGCCCCUUUGAUAUCUUCAGCUGUUGGAUAUGAAAAGAGGGAGGAGCUUCUACCUUUUGUGGGCCUGAACAACCUUGGAAAUACAUGCUACCUAAAUAGUGUACUUCAGGUGUUGUACUAUUGCCCUGGAUUUAAAACUGGGAUGAAAUUCAUGUAUGACAUAAUCUCCAAGAAACAAGGGAUACUGAAGAAUGAGGAGGAUCCCAGAAAAGACCAGGACAUAUUAAAUAGUCAAGAGGAAUUGCCAAUCUGUUUCGAGCUGAUCUGCAACUUGCACAACUUAAUUGUAUCAAUGGAACAAAUACAAACCAACUAUCUUCUAAAUGCAGAGAAUUACAUCGAGGGUGAACUUGCUGCUCAGCCUAAGAGACUGAUGAGUACGCUGAAAGAGCUGAAUCCAAUGUAUGAUGGAUACCUACAGCAUGAUGCCCAAGAGGUUUUGCAGUGUAUUUUGGGAUAUGUCCUGGAGGCUUGUCAGUUGUUAAAGAAAAGUGCAUCUGUUGAAGAAAACGUAAACUGUGACACAGCUGUUAAGAGUAAAAUGAACAGGCCACUUGAAACGUUAUCCUCUAAUAACCUGAUAAUGAGAAAUAAUGCAGCAGAAAAAGAGGAAAUGCUGAAGAAAAAGAAAAACGGGAAAAGAAAAAGUGAAACACAAGCUGGAAAUGCCAUGAAAAAGGCUAAGCUGCCUAAGGAUCUGAAAAAAUCUGAAGAGAAACGACAAACGAGACAGAACAGAAAACUUUCUGGGGAUGCGACUGAGCAAGAACCUGAUAUUGAUGCUCAGAGCAUAUGUGAAAUCGGUACUGUGUGCUCUCUUCUUCAGAAGAAAACAGAACUUGGAUUAAGAUGGCCAAAACAGACAGUGAAGCAGCCAAGUAUACUUUCCAAACUCUGUAGUCUUGGCAAGCUAACAUCAAAUCAGGGCAUCAAAGAGGCAAGAAAAGAUCCUGAAGUAAAUGGAAAUCAACUAAGUUGUACUGAAGCGACAGAGGACAGUUCAACAGACCACGAUUGUUCUGAAUCAGAAUGCAAAACCCAUUAUGCCGCAGAAACCACUGAUGACAUAAAUGGAGGCCUACGUGAAGUUGAAGACCAGGGCACAAGGAAAGCAGAGUUGCCUGGCUUUGAAUUGCUGGAUGGAAUGUUCCAAGGACAGUUAGUUUUGAGAACACGAUGUUUGGAGUGUGAGUGUUACUCUGAGCGAAGGGAGAAUUUCCAGGAUAUCAGUGUACCUGUUCAAGAAAGUGACUCAAAGGAAGGAGAUGGUUCUGAGGUGUCUCCAGAACCAAAGAUGGAGAUAAAAACAUUGAAAUGGGCAAUAUCACAGUUCGCUUCAGUGGAACGAAUAGUUGGUGAAGACAAGUAUUUCUGUGAAAACUGUCACCAUUACACAGAGGCUGAACGUAGCUUAUUGUUUGACAAGAUGCCAGAGGUUGUUACUAUCCACUUGAAGUGUUUUGCAGCAUGUAGCUCAGAAUUGGAGCCCUAUGGCAAUCUAUCAAAAGUGAAUACUCCUUUGCUGACGCCUCUUCAGCUUUCUCUGGAAGAGUGGAGCACAAGAGACACCACUGACUUCUAUGAGCUAUUUGCCGUAGUUAUGCAUAACGGGGUGAGCAUUAGCAGUGGUCAUUACACAGCCUAUGUAAAAAUGACAUGUUUGGGCAAUCAGAAAAUGCCCAAAGAAGAAUCUGCAUUGAACUGUGCAAAUGAUAUGAAACAGGAACCAAUCUGUGAGGAGGAGGAAAGAGGAUCUCUUUCUUCACAAGAAUAUGAUGAUGUGGAGAGAUCGGUUAAAUUAAAGGGAAACUUCCAAACAACAGCAACUGGUAAAACAACAAAGAAAAAUGCAGAAAGUGUUGGGCUCCUUGGUGGACAAAAAAGUAUAUCCAGUUUUGAUCUGUAUGUCCCCAAGAACAAUCCUGAAAAACCUGGGACAAGACUAAAAGAAAAUGCGAAAUCUGAUAAUUGCAAAGGAAAACAUGUUCAUCCUAUUAAAGAUCAAAGUUUUUGCAACAACCAACUGGGAAUGUUCGAAACUGGGAGAAAUAUCCCUGAAAAUCAGAUUCCUCAAAGCUGCUGUAGUCUGUUGGAAUAUGAAGGAAAAUGGUUGCUGUUUGAUGAUGCUGAAGUGAAGCUUACAGAUGAGCAAGAUUUUCUUAGUUCACUUUCUCCAUCAACCUCUUGCACAUCAACUCCAUACCUAUUGUUUUACAAGAAAAUGGCAAACCCUUAAACAAAUCCAUCUGAAAGAUUGCCAUGAGUGACUUUUUAAACACAGGAUGUUUUCUUUCACUGCUUAUUCUUGUACAUUUUAAUAUAGUGCAGUGUUUUUAAACCUUGAAUCCUUUGUGUUAUUUGCCAGUAUAAGCUGUCUGAACUAUUAAUCAAGCACUCGCCAAAACAGCCUGAGAAAGUGAGCUCCAGGUUUGUUCAAAAAUGAAGAUCUCUAGGCACUAAUUUUAAAAGCACAUUUUUAGGUUAUUUUUUGCAAAUAAUGGUUGUUGCAAAAUUGGCUUCUUGCCUACUUGCAGCAGAAUUAGAUUUUAAAACUACUUCUGUAUUCCUGUUAUGAAUGAAUGUUUAAAACACCUUUGCCACACUUGUCCACAUUGCUCCACACCCAACAAAUGUAAACCUAAAGAAUACGAUUACACGCAAGUUAGGUUUGUAUUACAGCAAAUACUUAACAAACUUUCUCCCAGUGCAGUGACAUUUUCUCCUCCUGCAAACCUUUUGCCAAUUCAGGGACCAGAUCCCCACCAUCUCCUGCCGUCCUGAGAUCAGAACUUCUGCACUGAGUACCACAGCAGAUGUUACCAGCUGAACAUUAUGGCACAAAUGGGUUUGCAUGUUUGGUUUUUAACUGAAACAUUGGUGAUUUGUGACUAUCACGGGAUGAAAAGUACUGUUUUUUUUUGGUAGAUUGGUUAGCUCAAUCUGGAAUAUAGUCACAGGUGUGCUUUUUAAAUUUGUAUUAUAAAUAUUUGUAGUGUAAAUAUAAAUAAAUUUGUAUAAAGUUUAAUUGUAUAACUUAGAGUAUGUAGUUUCUAAGAAUUUGGAAAACACAUCUUAUAAACUUCUCCACUCUGUAAAUGCAAUUGUCAACAUUGUACAUGAAAGACCAAUGGGGAAUAAUUUUAAUAACUUUUUUUAUUUGAAAUGUGUAUAGCACAAAUGUACAUCGGUGUAUUAUCUAGAGAUGGUAAGAACGGCCAAUGCUGGAAUCAGAGAUGAUACCCUGGAGCUGGAGGAAAAUGGCAGGCCAGGCUACAUCAGAGCAGCAGGAUAGUUGAUGUUUUGGGCUUGGACCCUCCUUCAGCAUCUGACCUGAAAUGUCAACUUUCUUGCUCCUUUGGUGCUGCCUGGCCUGCUGUGUCCCUCCAGCUCAUACUUAUCUUAGAUGCAUUAUUUGCCUUGGCGCAUUAUUUGGAAGAUGUAUCCUCUGUCCAUGGCUAGAUUUUGAGCCAGACGUCAGAUGGCAUUGAUAACCCAAUGAGGAGCUGUUCUACAAGGUAUUAAUCGCAACUUGGUUAAAACCAAGCUAUGACCAUACAUGUCUGGCACAGUUCCAUGAUUUAAGAGAAAAUUUGCAUUGUCAUUUUUUCUGUCUUUUUUUUUUCCCCCCUGUGAAUUGUGGGCUUUCAAUCUGAAGACAUGCAAUGUCUUAUCCUCAGUUUUUGAGUGGGUGUAGUAUGAAACCUAUGGUGGCACAACAUUAAUGUUGGAUGGUUCAGUGAGUUUCAAGCUUUUUGUAUUUUUUUCAAUUCUACUGUACAUUGGGAAUUUCCCAAUCAAAAAAAAGAACAGUGUCUCCAUAUCCUUUACACUACAUUUAUUUGUAAUCUUUUUACAUUUUUUUAACCGUCACUGACUUUUAGUGUGGUAUGUUUCCAUGUAAAUUCCUCACAAAGCUGAGAUAGUUAUAGCAGCCAUUGGAACAGUUUCUUAUCUUGUUUUUGGCCAAGGUACUAAGAUAUGCAGGUAAUAUACUUAAAUGAAAUUAGACUUGAGAAUUCUCAUCUUUUGGUUAGAACGCAUUUCAAUCGAGGUCACUCCAGCAAGUGAAUAGUAGUGUUAACAAUUUCUUAUCCAGAUGAUUUGUCAAAUAAUGGUAGUGAUUUAAUGAAAGUUAAAAACUGUGGUAUCCGGUUCAGUUAAACAGAAGCAGAUUUGGUACUCCAGCACUCCUACAAAAAUGAACAAGUCACAAUGAAAUCAAGAAAUAGACCACAUUGAAGUAAUUUCAAAAUUUAAUAGUACCUUUUUCAAAAAUAAAAAUGGAAUUAUCAAUGCCAAUGACAAACUGUUCAAAUCUUGUGAAUUUUUUAUAAAUAGUACACCAGCUAAUAGUAAAUAACAUUAAGAACCUUUAAUACAUAAUGGUAGAUAAAUAGCAGGUAUGAUUGAUUAGUGAAUCUUAACAGUUGUUACUGCUAAUAACACUAACUACAGAGAAUGUGCAAGCGAAUGUAACCAUGUGUUGGAAUAAUUACUAGUACCAUAACAAGUCAUCUUACUUAAUCUCUUCACAUCACUUAGAGAAAUGUAGUGUAUCAAAAUGAGGUAUGAAUUUGUUUUGAUGUCCAUAUGUCUGAAAUGAAUAGUUUUUUUUUGCCCCUUUCAUCACAUGCAGGUAUAGGUAAGUACCUUGUCCAUCUGUUCAGAUGUCCACUUUGCGAAGACUCAGUCUGCUGAAAGAAUCUCUGUAAACGUAACACAUAGGAAUUAACCAGUGUGCAUUUCCCAUGGUUUCUCAUUUUUAGCCCCACAAUACUAGAAAACACUUUUCCCUCGUUUCUAAGUACAUGUCUAAUGUUUCGUCAGGCUUCCUGUUCUUAAAUUGACAUCUAUACGUACAUCCCUCUAGCUCAGGUGGAAGCUGACUGGUUAUUGCAAAAAUUAUAAAACCAUUUAAGAUGGGUUUGGGAAUUUAAGUUGGACUCUUGUUAUGUGGCCUAAUAGCUCAUCAGGUGGUAGAUUUUAUCCACUGUUGAUUAGACCUUGCCAACUAUGCUUUUCAAAUCAGCAACUGUAUGAUAAAUGCAACUGACUUGUUUUGUUCUUUAAUUAUAACACAAACCUUGGUGAAACCCACUGUAGAACAUGAUUUUAACUAGAUUUAUGCAAUAUAACUAAGUUUACAAUGCUGUUGAAGAAUUAACACCUUGCCUUAAUGAAAUGUUUCCCGCUCCUUUUGAUAUAAUUUCUUGUACAGUAUUAAUAAUGCAAAUAAUUUGUAUCACAAAAGGCGAUGGUGACAAAAUACUUAAUUGUAGCCUUAUAAACAAAAGCCCCUUUAUUGCUGUUUGAUACUAUUUUUUUUGAACCUACCUAUGGCAACUGAUUGGUAGGACAGGUUUGUAAAGCUGUGGAAUUUUCCUGCUUAUCAAAGGCUGAAGAGCUUCCUUGAGGCGGUGAUAGUUCCGUUCAAGUUCACGUUGAUAUUCCUUCUGAUCAGGACCUAUCAAACUUUUGUUUUUCCGGAGGGCAUCCUCACAUCUUAAUGAAACAAACUGUAAUUAGGAAAUGUACAACACCCCAUCUCCCUGAUUAAUAAACAUGAAAUAAGAAUGUCUAGUUACCGUACAUGGUGACUAGGCCUUGCUAACCAUGGUAGCAAUUUGAAAAUUAAAACUGUGCCAAUGUUUUUAUAUUAUUCAAUAUACUUAAGUUAAUUUGUCACAUUUUAUUGAGGAGGGAGAAAUCAGUCAAUUCUUAUAUUUAAUUUUACGCUCUAGAAUCCCCACAAUGUGGAAAGAGGCCAAUAGAGCCUGCAUCUGCCCUCCAAAGAGCAUCCCACUCAGACCUAAUCCCCUGCCCUAAUACCCACAUUUACCAUGGCUGAUCCACCUAGCCUGCAUGUGCCUGGGCACAACACAAUUUAGCAUAGCCAGUUCACCUAACCUGCAUAUCUGGACUGUGGGAGGAAACCAAAGCAGUGAAUGGAAACCUAUGCAGACCUAGUGAAAACAGGCAGUUCCCCCGAAGCUGGAAUUGAACCCUGGUUCCUGGCACUGGGCCACCUAUUGUACUGUGCGUGGAUUUCUUUUUCAUGCUGAGUUUGCACAAAAUAUUUCAGACUGUCACUAUUCUUCAAGUUCAUUUUGAAAAUUGAGGAAAUUUUCUUGAUUCAAUCUUGAAGCAAAAUCACCCAAAAUUCUGGUCAUUAGAAUGUUGCUAUUUGUGAGUUUGCCGAAAAAGUGGCAUAUUAUCUGUGUAACAAGUUGUUAAAAGUAUAAAGCAUAUUAUCAGCUUUAAAUUUUAUAGCCACUUUCACAUCAGGAAAUACCAAUGCAUUUUACUGAAAUUUCUGUGCCAUGCAAUCUAUUCACGUUUUAAAGAAAAACAAAUGCGUGACAAGAACCAGUAAAACUUUGAAUCCAGCCAGGAUGGCACAUAACAGUUCUAGAUAUUUUCUACACAAUCUGUUUGGAUAUGUCAAUUAUGUACCUCUACACCAGGUCAGGUGGAACUUGAUCCUAGGCCCCCACCCCAUAGGUAAGGCUACCACCACUGCACGACGGGGGACCCGUAACAAUUUUAUGCUUGGCCCAACUGCAAGAACAGUCAAUGUUCAACAAAUUACACUACUUCCAACUAGAUGAUUUAAGUAAACAUUGUAUACACCAAACUGCAGUCCACUGCUCCUUGGAGUAGCAGCGUGGAAUAUGACAGCAUGUAUAAUUUCAAACAAAGUCAAACAACAUUCAGCAAAUCUCAGCUCCCGUAUAACUGGUUUAUAGUUUCUUGAAUCCAGCUGCCCUAAAUUUGGCACUAAAUGGUUGUCAUAUAAAAUGACCAAUGGAGGAAUGUCAUUAAAACACAGUAAGGCAACUUAAUUUUAGAAAAGGUCAUGAUAAAUACAUGAAUCCUCUCAAUAUAAAAUGCUUAUUUAUCCCCACAGCAUUGUCUGGAUUUACUUGACCUAUUUUGGGCAAUAACAUUAUAACAUGUGGGAUUAAUCAUUGGAUGAUUAUGUGUUAAUGCAUAGAGACUCUUGGGUACAUGAAUAAUAGUAUUAACUUACUGGACCAUAAAAUUAUACCUCCAUUCCUGAAAUUAGAUAUAACAUAUAAUUGUAAUAUCCAUUCCUAUGCAUGUCAUCAGAGCAUUACGGUCUGAAAAACAAACUGGCAGCGACAGGUGAGCUGAGAUUUGCUGAAAGUUGUUUUGAUUGCCAAAUUGAAUGCUUGAACAUACUUAUUUUUAUGUUAUGCUUCGGUUGUACAGGCAUUGGAGACAGUCUGGUGGUUUACUAGAUAUUUACAAAGAAUGAGUUGUCUUAUGGCAACAGGUUAGACAGGCUGGGCUUAUUAUCACUGGAGAUUAGAAAAGUGCGGGUGCUUUAUUGAAAUGUGCAACAUCCUGACAGAUCUUGUCGAGGUCCAUGUGAAAAGGAUGUGUACACUUGUAGAUCAGUCCAUUAAGGAUCACUCUUUUAGGACAGAGAUGAGAAUUUCUUCUGAAGGCUGUGCCCUUUUGAAACUCUGCCUCAAGACCACCAAACAUUUUUUUAGGGAAAGGUGGAUAAAUGCAUGUUAGGCAGGGAAUAAAGAUGUUAUUGGGAAUUGACGUGAAUGUAAAAUUCAAAAUCUAAACACAUCAGCCAUGAGCUUAUUGAGGUGGAGCAGGCUCAAGAGCCUGAAUGGUCUGUUUCUGUUCCUAAUUUAUAUGAUGAUACAGUAAAGAAAAGGAGGUGGUGUAUGUCCAGCAGUAGGAAACCCCAUCUCCUGAUGCCUUAUCCCUGAAACAUUGCAGGUUUUUUUUUGUUGUAAUGUUACAUGGUUGAAAGCCACAACUGAAUAUGGUGGACAUGUUGCUAGUCUCUGAAUAUAUCAUGCUGUGUAAUUAACAUAUCAACAGCAAUGGCAAAUGCUGCUUAACUGUGGGAAAACAGUUUAAAUUUAUACCUUUUAGUGAAGUCUUUGAAGCAUAGACGUAAUUUGUUGUGAUGUCGGAAGAGUUUGGAAUCAUUAGGUAUUUCAGACAAAAACACUUGAGCAACUUCUAAAGGUCCCUAAUGAGGAGAAUAAACAAAAGUAAAAACCUAACACUUGUUUUACCUUUUCAUGACCAUGAAAGAAUGUUUACAGCAGUGUGCAGACAUAAUACUAAGAAUUUUACAUUACAUGCUUGACUACAGAAUAAGGGAAAU